ACAGUGGUAGCUUUUUGUUUCUGCCCGAACACUCCUUUCUGUUUCCGGGUCUGAGAAGACAGCAGUGGUGUGAUUUCAGAGGAAGCUGUUAUCUGACAAAAUGCAGGACCCAAAUGAAGACACAGAGUGGAAUGAUAUCCUUAGGAAGAAAGGCAUCCUCCCUCCCAAAGAGGUCCCUAACGAUGCCGAAGAGGAGGAGGAGCUGGCCCGCCAGCAGCGGUCUAUCGUGAAAACAUACGAGGACAUGUCGCUGGAAGAUCUGGACGAGAACGAAGAUGAGUUUGGUGAGGAAGACGAGGCUGCCAUUGAAAUGUACCGACAGAAGCGUCUCUCAGAGUGGAAAGCGACUCAGCUGAAGAACGUGUUUGGAGAGGUGGUGGAGAUCUCCGGGCAGGACUACAUCAAUGAGGUCAACAAGGCUGGAGAGGACAUCUGGGUGGUGCUGCACCUCUACAAGCAGGGGUGGGUUCUUCAAACAAAGACAAGAACUCGUACAAGAACACAUUGGGAGUUAUCUCUUGAUGCUUGUGUCUUGUUCGGGUGAACCCUUUUAGACUGU